AACGCAAGAACGAAAACAAAAUCAAAACGCAACACUGUAGCUUAGGGUUAUCCACCUGACAGUCAGUAACAAUGGAGAGAACGGCUUUGCUUCGCUCUCUCUCGUGUUCUUCUCUAGCUUGCAACAAAUAUUACUUCCGCUCUUCUCACAAGCUCUCGCAAUCUCUCAUUUCUCGCGCUUCAUCAUCAUCAUCAUCAUCAUUGUCUGCCGCCAGGAGAAAUCAGCUCCGUCUGAUUCCCAACCUCAUUAGACGCUCGCUGCACCGCGGUCAUACCAGAUUACGUGCUCCCUUAUCCUCUUCUCUUCCCUUCAAUAAACAUUUCUCAGCUCUCGCUACGCGCGCCGUCGCCUCUCCUCCUACACAGCCCUCUCCCGAUGUUGCUGAAGUCAGUGAUGAGGUUGCGGAAAAGUAUGGAUUCGAGAAGGUUUCAGAAGAGUUCAUUAAAGAGUGUAAAUCAAAGGCUGUGCUUUUCAAGCACAAGAAAACCGGUGCUGAGGUUAUGUCUGUAUCAAAUGAUGAUGAGAACAAGGUGUUUGGCAUUGUCAUUCGAACUCCUCCGAAGGAUUCAACUGGGAUUCCACACAUAUUGGAGCACAGCGUACUAUGUGGUUCAAGAAAGUAUCCUUUGAAGGAACCAUUUGUUGAAUUGUUGAAAGGGAGCUUGAACACUUUUCUAAAUGCAUUCACCUAUCCUGAUAGGACUUGUUAUCCAGUUGCUUCCACAAAUACUAAGGAUUUUUAUAAUCUGGUUGAUGUCUACCUGGAUGCUGUCUUCUUUCCAAAGUGUGUGGAGGACUUCCAGACUUUUCAACAGGAGGGUUGGCAUUUUGAGCUCGACAAUCCUUCAGAGGAAAUAACUUAUAAAGGUGUUGUUUUCAAUGAGAUGAAAGGUGUUUAUUCCCAGCCUGACAGUGUAUUAGGGCGGACCAUUCAACAGGCUUUAUCUCCUGACAACACAUAUGGCGUUGACAGUGGAGGUGACCCCAAAGUUAUCCCCAAGCUGACAUUUGAGGAAUUUAAGGAAUUUCACCGAAAAUAUUACCACCCUAGCAAUGCCAGGAUAUGGUUCUAUGGAGAUGAUGAUCCAAAAGAACGACUACGCAUCCUGAGUGAGUAUCUGGAUAUGUUUGAGGCAAGUUCAGCUCCCAGUGAAUCCAUAGUUGCACCUCAAAAACUAUUUUCAGAGCCAGUCAGGGUAGUUGAGAAAUACCCUGCCAGUGAAGGUGGCGAUCUUAAGAAGAAAAACAUGGUAUGCCUUAAUUGGUUGCUCUCAGAUAAGCCCUUGGACUUGGAAACUGAGCUCGCUCUUGGAUUUUUGGAUCAUCUUUUGUUGGGAACUCCUGCUUCUCCCUUAAGGAAAAUUCUACUGGAAAGUGGUCUUGGAGAUGCCAUUGUUGGUGGCGGAAUUGAAGAUGAACUCCUCCAGCCUCAAUUUAGUAUUGGGUUGAAGAAUGUUUCUGAAGAGAACAUUCAAAAGGUAGAAGAGUUAAUCAUGUAUACCAUGAAAAAAUUAGCAGAGGAAGGUUUUGAUACAGAUGCUGUGGAGGCAUCCAUGAAUACAAUUGAGUUUUCUCUUAGAGAAAAUAACACUGGGUCAUUUCCUCGUGGCUUAUCAUUAAUGCUUCGAUCCAUUGGUAAAUGGAUAUAUGAUAUGGAUCCUUUUGAGCCUUUAAAGUAUGAGAAACCCUUGAUGGAUCUGAAAGCAAGGAUAGCUGAGGAAGGCUCUAAAGCUGUUUUUUCUCCUUUAAUUGAGAAAUAUAUAUUGAACAAUAGUCACCGUGUUACUGUAGAAAUGCAGCCCGACCCAGAGAAAGCUUCUCGUGAUGAAGCAGCUGAGAAAGAAAUUUUGGCAAAAGUCAAAUCAAGUAUGACAGACGAAGAUCUGGCCGAGCUAGCACGUGCUACACAGGAGCUACGAUUGAAGCAAGAAACUCCUGACCCUCCAGAAGCUUUAAGAAGUGUUCCAAGUCUAUCUUUAAAUGACAUUCCUAAAGAACCUACACGUGUUCCCACAGAGGUUGGAGAUAUCAAUGGUGUAACAGUUUUGCAACAUGACCUUUUCACGAAUGAUGUCCUCUACACAGAAGUUGUCCUAGAUUUGAGUCCACUAAAACAAGAGCUUCUUCCUUUGUUACCACUUUUUUGUCAGUCAUUGCUGGAGAUGGGUACAAAAGACUUGAGUUUUGUGCAACUUAAUCAGUUAAUUGGACGGAAAACUGGAGGAAUAUCGGUUUAUCCAUUCACAUCAUCCGUACAAGGCAAAGAAGAUCCUUGUUCGCAUUUGAUUGUUCGAGGCAAGGCAAUGGCAGGACGAGCUGAUGAUCUAUUUAACCUGAUGAACUGUGUUCUUCAAGAAGUCCAGUUUACAGACCAGCAGCGUUUCAAGCAGUUUGUUUCCCAAAGCAAAGCUAGAAUGGAGAACCGAUUAAGAGGCAGUGGUCAUGGAAUUGCAGCUGCGAGAAUGGAUGCAAAGUUAAAUAUUGCCGGGUGGAUUUCUGAACAAAUGGGUGGUGUCAGCUACUUAGAAUUCCUGCAAGCUCUUGAAGAGAAAGUUGAUCAAGACUGGGCUGGGAUUUCUUCAUCUCUUGAGGAGAUUCGCAGAUCCUUACUUUCUAGGGAUCGGUGCCUGAUUAAUAUGACUGCUGAUGGGAAUAAUCUCAAGAACGCAGAAAAGUUUGUUGGAAAAUUUCUUGACAUGCUUCCUAGCAACUCUCCUGUUGAAACAGCUAAAUGGAAAGCUCGACUUCCUCCAACAAAUGAAGCUAUUGUGAUACCUACACAGGUAAAUUAUGUUGGGAAAGCAGCUAAUAUCUAUGACACCGGUUACCAACUUAAAGGGAGUGCCUAUGUUAUAUCGAAACACAUAAGCAAUACAUGGUUGUGGGAUCGCAUUCGUGUUAGUGGUGGGGCUUAUGGUGGUUUCUGUGAUUUUGACAGUCAUUCAGGUGUAUUCUCCUUCUUAUCUUAUCGGGACCCAAACUUGAUGAAGUCGUUAGAUGUCUAUGAUGGAACAGCAGAUUUCUUACGUGAGUUGGAAAUGGAUGAUGAUACGCUUACUAAAGCAAUUAUUGGGACCAUUGGGGAUGUAGAUUCAUACCAGCUUCCAGAUGCCAAAGGUUAUAGUAGUUUGCUACGCCAUUUACUAGGAAUUACAGAAGAAGAAAGGCAGAAAAGACGUGAAGAGAUAUUGUCUACAAGUUUGAAGGACUUCAAGGAAUUUGCUGGUGCAAUCGAGGCCGUUAAAGACAAAGGAGUUGUGGUUGCCGUGGCAUCUCCUGAUGACAUUGAUGCUGCAAACAAGGAGCGCUCUAACUUCUUUGAAGUGAAGAAAGCCCUCUGAGAACCAUGAACUUGCUUAUGACCUUGAAAAGUUGCUUUGACAGCAAGCAGUUCUCUUACCUCAUAUUUUUCCAUACGGUAUGGGACGCUCAAAAGUGUUUACUUUUUCUCUCAAUUUUUUUCACAGUAAUCAUAGAAAUAAGAUAGCAAAGUAGAAGAAAUAUUCACAGCAUAUGUCGUGAUAGGUGCCGUAUCAGGUCCUGCUGUUAAAAUACUGUAUUUUUAACAUCAAUAGUAUCCUUCAAUUUAUUAAACCCCCUCGAAACCCUUCUUAAA